GACUUUGCCCGCCUCCCAUCCUUGCAAUCGCUCUGCGCUUCCUGACCAAACAUGCUAAAGUAAGAUGGCGGCUGCAGCGGAACGUCCCCCGCCGGAGGCCGCCAAGCCCUUACUGGGACUCCUCAACGGUAUCGCCCAAGCCACCUAUCAUGGCAAGGCGGAGAUCACGGAGGAGCUGCUGCGGGACCAGCUCUACCCGGAAACGGCGUCGCAGGAAUUUGGAGCUUUGCUGGGCAAGAUGACAGGGAUCGUCAAGUCAAUUGCUUCAGCCGACAUGGAUUUGAAUCAGCUAGAGGCUUUUUUGACUGCACAAACAAAGAAACCAGGAGGCAUCACAACUGAUCAAGCUGCAGUUAUUGCAAAAUUUUGGAAAAACCAGAGAGUUAAAAUUCGAGAGAGCCUAAUAAAUCAGAGCAAGUGGGAAAAUAGUUUGAAAAACAUGAGUUGGAGAGUGGAUUUAAAGUCUCAGUCAAGACACAUUGACCAAAUAAACAACCCUGUGGCAAUUGUCGAACUGGAACUGGGGAAAAAUGGACAGGAAUCUGAAUUUUUGUCUUUGGAAUUUGAUGAGAUCAAAUUGAAUCAAAUGAUGAAGAAGCUGUCGGAGAUUGACAACAACAUUACUUCUCUGACUCAAGCAAACUAGCUUUUGAGUUAAAAUAUGACUCAAAAUGUGUUUGGUUCACUAACAACUCUUAAUUCCUUUGGUGGUCAUGCUCACUGCAGAAUGUUUUAUACCUUCUGUCAUGUAAAAAAAUUGGAAUAAAGCAGACAAAACAGGUAACUCAGGAAAAACAUGCCAUAGAAGCUUGCAAAGAUAAUUCUGCCCAUUAAAACCAAAGAGAGUAAUUGGGUUUUAAUAAAGUUAAAAAUAUAGCCCUGCAAAACAACAGGAGGUAUCACUGUUCUACAGUUCUUUUCAAGAGUAAUUGAGACCCAAAGAAAGAGAAGCCCCUUGCCUCAAAUAAGAAAUAACGUAAAAAUAAAGAGAACUGAAAGUUCUACAGUUGUAUGGGGAAGCAAUCAAAGACAAGAAGCCUGGUUCAGACAUGAAGGACAGCUCAUUUAUCUAACUUGCAUGGUGGAAGGGCAGGGACACCAUACACAGAAUUUAUUAGGUGGCACUGGUACUCCAAAGAGGCCUGCAUGUGUGCAUUCUGGCUCAAUUUAUACAAAUCCUUAAACUCCCUUUUUGAGGGAGAAGAACUGUGUAAGUCAGACCAUUGUGUUACAUAAAGACAGCCCUCAUUACAUUAUGUGCAGAGUAGAGGGGUGAGGCAUAGGCCACUCCUCCAUUAACUUGAGCUGUGGCAGCGGCUGUUAUUUGGCUAAAGGCCCAAGAGAGAAAUCCCCAUAGUGAAUUCCUAUACAUACUUUUAUUUCCCUCUAUAUUUCGAAUUAAUUUGUUUUGUGUACGUAAGCAUUCACAAUUGGACUCUCAGACCCUAUCACAGAAACAAAACAUAAGUGUAUUUUGACCACUUCUUCAAGCACAAUGUAUGAAAGUUCAAAAUCCCAUGUUGGAAACAAUUCUCCAGUCAUUUAAAAAGUCUAAAUAGAUUUAAUUUCAGAUGGAGAACAAAUGAAAGACUUUUCAGCAUGAACUGAAAGCAAUGCCUUGUUAUAUACUAGCGCUCAUUGAAAAUGUAUAGCGUAUGGGCAAAGUAUUAAAGUGACAUGCAUAUAUGAACCCCACAA